AUGAGACAGUUAUCGCGUUUACAGCUCGGAGAAGAUGAAAAAUUACACGAAUAUUUUAUACGUUCUCAAGAGCUUAUGUCUAGACUAUCUGAAGCUGGUGAGAAAAUAUCAGAAACACUGUUUAAUGCAUUAAUUAUUAAUGGUCUUCCAGACAAAUACGAACAUUCUGUUGUACAAGAAAGUUUUAAUCCAGCGUCGACAUUUACUGAACUAAGAACCCGACUGCAAAAUUAUGAAGACAGUCGAAUACAAAGAAAUCAAACGGAAGAUAACUCGUCAGUGGCAAUGCAUUCUUCAAAUAGACAAGCUAGAAAUAAGAGUUCGACACCACAGACGAAAAAUUGCUAUGUUUGUGGAAAUUCAGGACAUUUCGCAAAACAAUGUAAUAAAAGGAGCUCAGCAACAUGUUCCAUAUGCAAGAAAAGAGGUCACUUGGUAAAAGCUUGUAGAAGUGCUGGGAAAACAGAAACAUCUCAAGGAAAAGAACCACCUGCAGUCUCAUCUUAUUCCAAUUGUUUCGUAAGUCCUUUGCAAGAAGAAAACAAUGGCUCAGAAUAUUCAAAUUAUUUAAUCGUGGACACUGGUUGUACAGAUCACAUCAUAAAUCGGAAUAAGGUAUUUGAAAAUCUACGUCCUUGUAAUGAAAAGAGUGUUAGAGAUCACAAAGGAAACCUCACACCUGUUGAAGGAAUUGGCGACGUGCCAAUAACGGUCCAGUUAAAGGAUGGAAAGAUGGCAGAAAUGGUCCUAAGAAAUGUUCUUUAUGUACCAAGCUAUGAGGUAAACCUCCUUUCAGUCAAUACAGCCGUUAGUUUUGGCCAUAGAUUCAUAUUUCACGAGAGUAAAGCAAGAAUGGUGUUGAAUGAUGGUCAUGAAAUUAACUUAAAGGAAGACACUGGUCUGUUCUUCCUAAAAGUCACCUUUCGAAACCUAAUCGACCCAGUCACUUGCAACACGAGCAAAGGAGAUAACAAAGGAGAUAUCGGUUUAUGGCACAAACGUCUGGGACAUCUCAUCAAAGUUGAUGUAGAGCGUACGAUUGGAUGUAAGAAUAACUCGAAAGACGUAUGCGAAACAUGUGCAAUGGGAAAACAAGCAAGCAAACCAGUACCAAAAGAAGUACAAACCCAAGCUCAGAAAGCUCUCGAACUUGUUUAUUCAGACAUUCUCGGUCCUUUCGAAGUAGCUAGUCUAAAUGGGUCAAAAUAUGCAGUUACCUUCAUAGAUGAAUAUACGAAGUAUUCAGUUGUAAAGUAUAUGAGUAACAAGUCCCAAGUUCUUUAUAAAUUCAAAGAAUAGGUGGCGGAAGCAGGAACACCCCAAAGAUUACGGACAGAUAAUGGGGCAGAGUAUACAGCCAAGCAAUUUAAAGAUUAUUGCAGAGAUUCAAAGAUAAAACAAGAAUUCACAGUUCCUGAAACACCACAGCAAAAUGGAGUCGCAGAACGGUUUAAUCAAACUUUAGUAGAAAUGGGACGGUGUUCACUCAUUGAAGCAAAACUACCAAAGAGUUACUGGGUAAAAGCUUUAGCUACCGCAGUCCACUGUGAAGAAGUGUCUUUUGGAGUAUGUAAUUUAAGUACCUUUUGGCGUAUGUGA